AUGGGGCUUACCAGCUGGGGAUUUGAGCCAACGAUCUCUGGGUUUGGAGUCACUAGACUAAAGGGAAAUUCCCUUCAGCUUAAAAUGUCCAAGGUUAAUGCCUUGCAAAGGCAUUCGAAGGGACGGAACUCUUUGUCAGCUGAGCCCCUAAGAAUACGCCACCAUGAUGAAAAUAAUCCAAGACUGUCAACAGCAAAUCGUUUUUCAGUUGGAAGACUGUCUGCUGGAACGUCCGGACAAAGGAAGUCAUUUCUUCCCAAGUCCACAUCAACAGGUGCUACAAUCGGUACCAUGCAGAAGUCACGGUCAGUAUCACACAUUGAUGAUUUCAGCGGUGCCUUCCUAGCUUUGUUAGGGGUCUCCGUGGCUCAGCCGUCCAGUGGCUAUGGGAGAGGUUAUCCUCGCUCAGACGUUCUGAAGGAUCCACGGCCCAUCUCUGACAAGUCUUAUAUGCACCGGUGUAUUAAAGCAGUUGUUGAGUUUUUAUUGGACAAUGGCUACCCACACCCAAUUUCCACAAAGGUUUUGCAGUCCCCACAAAGUAGAGACUUCUUUCGUAUUUUUGAGUAUUUAUUCAGUAUGUUGUAUGACCCUAAGUAUAAGCUGGGCAAAAAACCAGAGGAGGAAAUCCCAUCAUUAAUGAAGCUGAUCUUGUACAAGUUUAAUAUCUCCAAGAGCUCACUGUUCACUAUUGGCACUGCUCACACCUGGCCACAUCUACUGGCAGCUCUCACCUGGCUUAUAGUCACCCAGAAGAUCUGUUUGAGGGCUGCUGAAGACAUCGAAGCUCUGAUGUUUCCCCCAGAUGAGGAUCACUUUGAUAGCCUGCCCCUAGCCAGAAUCCAGCUGAACUACUGCGAGAGAACAUACGAAUCAUUCCUCUGUGGCAAGGACACAUAUGAAGACGAGGACGAGGAACUUGUCUCCAUCCUACGUCAGAAUCUGCUGUGCUCUGGAGGAGACCUGGAGACAUUGGAAGCUGACAACAGGAGAUACUCACAGGAGCUGGAGCUGUUACUGCAAACCCCUGAUAAAGCGGCAGAGUUACAAGGGAUCAGUGAAGGGUUGUUGACUGAUGAGCAGACUUAUGGCAAGUACCUGCAGGAGUUAGAGGCCCACAAGGAGGACCAGGACAAACUGCUGACUGAAGCAGAGGAGGAACAGCUCACUCUCAUGGCUGAGCUGAAGGCAUUACAAGACAAUAGGAGUCAGAUGCAGAAGAUUUUUGAUACCCAAGAAUUCUCACCAGCAGAUGUUGACCGAAUAAAACAAGAGUACCAAGAAAUACAAAGACAAAUCAGUUCUGAAGAAAGAAUGAUGGAAAAGCUAGACUCUGAUGUUUGGGCAUUAGAAAUGGGCAUCAGUAAAUCUCGGGGAACGGGUAGGUCCACCAGUAAAACUGACCAGAAGUGUCACGAAUAUAACAAGCUGGCACAGCGCCUCAAACUCAUCCCCUCUAAUGCGGAGUAUGCCAGGGGCAAGGAUUUGGAAAUGAGGGCAUCAUUUAGAGGGGAGUCCUCCAGUAGUAACUUCGACACAUCCAUUAAGCCUGUUAUACAGGAGCUGAAAAUGGAGUUCAAGGAGCGAGCAAAUGCGAAAGCCCAGAUGAGGAUCACAGCCAUUGACGGCUUUGGGACAGAACUCAAGUGUCAGAAACAAGAAGAUGUGGCUAUGAAGGAGAGCAAGCUGAAGAGAAUUGAAGAGGAUCUGAACUGUAAGAGAGAGAUGUUCCAGCGUGAGCUGUCGUGUAUCCUGAAGGACACAGAGGAGACCCAGGAAGAGGUGGUACAGCACAGACGUCGCCGCGAUCAGACCAGUGUGGAGGAGGCAAGCAAACAGCUGACCCAGGCUCAGAAAAGGCUUGAGCAGAAAAGAACCCAGAUGGAGAAGGAUGAAGAUGAAUAUGCAAGGUUCUUGGUGGAGUACACACAGACAGUGCUGGAGCACAAGCAAACCAUUACGGAUGGGAUCCACAAGAUGUAUGGUGAAAUGAGACAGAGCCUAGAGCAGGUUGAACAGAGCCCUUACACCCCUUUGUUUCCCUGAUGGCCAUGGUGUUCAUGUUACUGCGAGAGCCAGACGAGAAGAACAUGAAAAUAAACGCUCAACCGCAUCUGCACUGUCUGACUGCCAUACUGGACAUGACAUUUUCUUUGUACGAGAGAUAUUGAUACGUGCAAUGAAAAACAUCACUCAUCUCGUCAACAACUGUUAAUCAUCUCAAAUUCUUCAUAAAGACAACUUCUGUACAGACAUACAUGUAUAUAUAUACACACACUCACUUGACAUAGGAUGACCAAUCCACUAAUGAAAACAUGCUAAUAUUGCAUAUAAUUUUGUGGGAAAUUCCGCUGUUAGGACAAAUCCAUUUUUUCUUUCCAAUACAAACCUCGUAAACUGUUGGGAUUUGUUGUAUUGGCUUGCUGAAUGAGAACAAGCUCUAUCUUGUGAUUCUAUCUUUCAACUAAAACAAACACUUCACACAUUUUAAUUUUGUUGGUUGGACAAAUCUUACCGUAUGAGCACAGUUUUACCACUCAUCUUUACAUAUCUGUGUGUAUGCUUUCAUCACAUUGCUUCAAAUUGAAAUGAAUAAACAAAUGCUUUCACAAUUGAAACACUUGUAGAACUGAUUCUGUUUCAUACUAAAUUAAAUUUACAUAACAAUAUGAAACAGGCUUGAUUUUUUAUGCUGGACAAAAGUAGGUGUCUGCAAGAAAGUAGAAGCUUUUAUGUUCAGUGAUACUGUAUCAUUGGACAUUGUUUAGUACACAGUGCCAAAAAGAAGUUAUGAAAUUAUUAUAAUUCUUUAAAAAAAGAAAA